UAGAGCAGGUUGCUGUCACCCGGACACACCGAGCCCGAGGAGAGACGCCGGCACAGGUGCAGCGCCUUCCUGGAUGCACGAGUGAGCGUUAGGGGUCUCCUCCAACACAAUCCCAGUCCCAGCCGAGAUGAAGCUGGCGGUGGUUCUGGCCUCGUCCUGCCUGCUGGUGGUGGCGGUGAUGAUCGUGCAGACGCUGCGCCAGGAGAUGACCCUGCGCACGAUGAGAGGCCGCAUGGCGGAGAACUCCAUGGAGUUCAAGAAGAAAGAGGAAUCCAUCGUGGUGUUGAAAGGUGAAAUCCUUGAGCUCAAGACCGCCCUGGAUGCCAACAACCAGAAGCUCAAUGAGCUAAAACCGCAGAAGACGGCCUUGGAGAGUUCAUUAAAAGACGCUGAGAAAGGUUUGGAGACCUGCAACGCGGAGAAGAGUGAAGCUGAGAGGAAGAAAGCAGAACAGGAAGAGGGUGCAAAUAAACUCAGAACUGAGCAUGAACAGGCUAAAAAUAAAGCUCAGGAAGAAAUACAGAAUUUGAAACAACAAAUUUUGGACAAAGACAAAGCUAUUUGUGCCUUAGCAGACAUGACCAAAGAGGAAGCACGGAAGUUAUGUGGAGUGUCAGAACCAAAAAUGCCAAAAUGAAGUCUCCAAUCAACCUACAUAACUUGUUUUCCCACAGAAGCAACCAGCGAUUUUACAACUUCACUGCUGGUGUUAAGACUUUUUUUUUUUUUUUUAUAAAACACACACACUUUUCUUGUUUCUAAUGAGAUGGUAAGAGUUGAGUUGAUUAAAAUAAUGUGCAUUCAUAUGGCAGAACUGGUACUGCCUUAUGAAAUGGGGGGAAAAGGUUGCAUAGUUUUGUUUUUUUGUAUUGUUAUUGUUUUGGUUGUAUUAUUUGUCCUUUGGUCCCUGUUUUGGCAUCCAUAUUUAGAUGUGAUGGCAAGUCUCCUUUAAAAGUCGGAGCAUAUAUAUUGGAUGUCCUGACCUCUAAAAGAAACCUAUGUGAUCAUCAUCAUCAUCAUCAUCAUCAUCAUCAUCAUCAUCAUCAUCAUCAUCAUCAUCAUCAUCAUCAUCAUCAUCAUCAUCAUCAUCAUCAUCAUGUUAUCUCUAAAGUCCUGUCUGUGGAUUAAGGGACAUCUCAAAAUGCACUUGAUUUAUUCUAAUAAGAAUUAAACUCAGAUGUUUCCAGUAUGAAUACCAGAAGAAACUGCAGCUUUCAGUCAUUUGGCCUCUAUGAUAUGACAUUUUGUAUGCCUGAUAAGGUUUCUGACAUCCGUUCCUGAUUCAGGUUAUCGUGAAUAUGUAUACUACCUGUACAUAACUAAUAUACUUGCCAUACUUGAAAAACCUGUGUAUGAAUUUUUGAAACAUUACAUUCAUAGCUUCUCACUUGAAUAAUAAAUGUUUCUUAAAUCAGUCGAGUUCCAUGGUCCCUUAGCGCUCCCUAGUGUUGGAAAAAGGACUAAAACCUCCUGUGUGACGUCAAGUGCACUUAUUUCUUGCAUGGAUGGGUUUACAUUUUGAGGGCGAUAUGUCACGACUUGCCAGUUCCUAGAUUUCAUGAAAGCAAUGCUGCACUAGACUUGUAUGAUAUCUGUGUUAUUCAGUUUUCUUAAUAUCAUUAGUUUAUUUUUCUUGUAAUGCUGAUGUCUACCAAAACUGAUUUCUUUUGAUGAACAUUAAAAAAAGUGCAGGUA